AUGGCUAGCCCCUCCAAUCACACUCCCCCUCCCAUCAAUGCGCCCCCUGACUCCGAUGACGAGUCGUUCUCGGAGUUCGAGCGCUUGGAGUCCACGUUGCCCGACCCAUUGAAACGGUCUGCUACCUCAUUGCUUGAGUUGUUGAGCGUAUCCACCAACAACCCCCACAUCAACCCCAACCAGCCAUAUCCGUUGGGCCACCACGCCAGCCCCUCUGGAUCAUCUACGCCAGCACACCCCACUCUUCACUCCCACUUGGUGCAAAAGCUCUCAGAAAGCAACAGUGGACGUGAGCACUCGCCUAUCCCGUUGCCCAAGCCCAAGUUCGAUGCCGCCAUCCACAAGCCGGCCAUGAACACCAAGCAGUCGUCUACGGGAGUGCUUUGGGUGACGGAACGUGCUGGAGAGUACGGCUUCAAUCCCGAAGAUAACCACGACUGGGCCAACUUGGGUCAAGGUGCACCAGAACACGGUGACACCGUGCCAGGCUCGUUCAAAAGACCCACUUCCAUCCCCAUUUCCGAGCUUUCCAAGGAGUACGCUCCGACUGCUGGAAUCAAGCCCUUGCGUGAAGCCGUGGCCAACUUGUACAACGAGGCCUACAGGAAGAACAAGUCCUCCAAGUACACCUAUAAGAACGUGUGCAUCGUGCCAGGUGGCAGAGCUGGCUUGACUAGAAUUGCUUCCAUCAUCAGCGACUGUUACCUCUCGUUCUUCCUUCCCGACUAUACUGCCUACGCAGAAAUGCUCUCGCUUUUCAAGAACUUUUCGCCCAUUCCUGUACCCUUGAGCGAGUCUGACAACUACGAGGUUCACCUCAAUGUCAUCAAGCAGGAGCUUGUUAGAGGUGUCAGUGCCUUGCUCACCUCCAACCCCAGAAACCCCACCGGUAAGUGUAUGACUCCAUCGCAAUUGAAGCGUUUGCACCAGUUAUGUCGCCAGAGUUGUUUGCUUAUCAUGGACGAAUUUUAUUCCCACUACUACUACGACGACGGGUGCACUGGCUCGUCGAUUUCCUCGGCAGAAUUCGUGGAAGAUGUCAACAAGGACCCCGUGUUGAUUCUCAACGGUCUUACCAAGGCGUUCCGGUUGCCAGGCUGGCGGGUGUGUUGGAUCUUGGGCCCCGAAGAGUACAUCAAUGCGUUGAGUUCCGCUGGAUCCUUCUUGGACGGUGGAUGCAACGGUGCGUUCCAAUACGCAGCCGUGGACUUUUUGCAGCCACUCAAGGUGAGGCAGGAAAUGAAGGCCCUCCAGAUCCACUUCAAGAUGAAGCGUGAUUACAUUCUCGGUCGUCUCUCCAAGAUGGGCUUCACUUUCAACCAGGAUAAUACCCCCAACUCCACCUUCUACUUGUGGUUGAAUCUCUCGCACUUGCCAGGCAAGUUAUCCAAUUGUCUUGGAUUCUUCCACGAGUGUUUGCACGAGAAAGUCAUCAUCGUCCCAGGCUUCUUUUUCCUCAUCAACCCACAAAAUUUGUCCAGGCUUGAGGACGUCAUUUGGUACAACUACGUCAGAAUCAGUUACGGACCAGAGUUGCCUCAGCUAGAGAAGGGAAUGGACGGUAUUGAGCGCAUCUUGCACAAGUUCGGGUGCCUUCCUUACGAGAUUUAG